CAGACAGAGAGCGGUCUGGAGUUCUGCGUUCCGCGUUCCGCGCUCUGCGUUCUUUAGAAUGGACCGCGUCUAUAGCGACAACGCACACAGCGGGCAGUCUGACCGCGGCGGGCAAAGCGGAACGUCGCGUUCUAGCGUUCUAUUCCCGCCGAGACAGCGAACGCCGGAACGCCGCGAUGUCCGAAGUCGCAAAUACCGAAAAAUUGAUUGAAUUAGUUAGAGAAAGGAGUUUAUUGUACGAUUUAAGUGAUGUAGACUAUAAAAAUCGUGACAAAAAAGCAGAAGCUUGGCUUCAAAUUGCCACAGCAUUGGGAUUUGGAGAUAGUAAAUUAUGGAUAGCCAAGUGGAAGAGUCUGAGAGACAGCUACGGAAAAUUCAAAAAAAAUAAUGAGUCUUCUACAGGCCAGUCUUAUAAAAAGUAUAAGACUUGGCCAUGGGCGUCACAAAUGAGGUUUUUGGAUGAUUACAAUGUUAGAAGACCAACAGAAAGUAAUAGUCAGCCUUCUCAAGCCACCAUAGAUACAACUUUUCACACCGACACGAACAUUACGGACGACUCUUCGGUGGAUAUGACUGUGAGUGAUGCGACACCUGGUCCAAGCAAGCCAUUUUCAAGAAAAAGAAUAAGAACGAGCGAAGACUCCAGCGAUAAAAUACUGGAGUAUUUAAAAAACAAAAAUGAAAAUAAAAACAAAAUGGAUGGAGUCGACUAUUUUUUUUUAAGUUAUGCUCAAUCAUUUAAAACAUUCCCGCCGAAAAUUCAAAGUAUGGUUAAAUUAGAAAUGGCUACUCUAUUUGCCCGAUACGAGCUACAAUUGGCAGAAGGCAGUGAUGCAAAUGCUACUCGAGUUUCAUCUCAAUUAUCUAACCAAGCAGGUAGUUCUACGCCAAAUUCGGGGUCUGUUCCAAGUCCUGCAUGUGCAUAUGAACUAAGUUCAAGUUCGUGGGCUGUACCCAGCCCUGUCUCAGAACAGUUUCUGGAACCGGCUAGUCCUAGUGCACCUAGUCAAGAUAACAACACUGUAGUGUAUGUUCGUUCACGACAGUCAACACCAAGUUCACAACAAUCAACGACAUUACAAACAGCUACAGAAUAUUACGAAAAUGUGUCACGUUACGUUAAUACGUAAGAUAAUUAAUUCUGUUUUCACAAUACGGGCAAUUUUUAUUUUUUUAUUAAGGGCUCACUUGCUUUUAAACACACUGUUUUUGUUGCAAAUACAAGAAGAAAUACUGUUAUGUUUUUUUUUAAGAAAUACUGUUGAUGUUUUCUUUUAAUCCUUAAUAAAUACAUACCUUAAAAAUACGGCCAGUCUUUCUUUUGCUGAUAUACACUUCCUCCAGUUAGUAUUUUGCUUUUCGAUAUGAGGUUUCA